CAGAUGAUGGUUGGUCAUCUAGUUUAAAGCGGAUGCCACCUUUUAACCGUGCAGAAAUGGAUGCACAUAUUACAAAAUCUGGCAAAAUUAUCGAUCCUCAAAGUAAAGGGCAUUCUCUUCCAACUGGGCUUACAAAAGCGAAAACGUUUUUGGCGGACGAGUAUCUGAAAGAGAUAAAGGCUGCAAGCGACAAUGGGUACUUUUAUUUUAAAUCGCUAUGUCAUCAUAGCUUUAGAAAAAAUGAACCUCCACACAAAUUGAAAAUAGCUCUUGAUCUUAUAACCGCUGAAGUCAUAGAAGCAUGUUGCACUUGUGUAGCUGGCAAAGUGGGAAUUUGUAAUCAUGUUUUAGCUCUGAUGCUUAAGCUUUGUAAAUUUUCAUUAUAUGCAUGCAAUGAUAUUAAGGAUCUGGACUCAGAGGAUGAUGUGAAUCCUCAUGUUGCCUGCACCUCCAAUCUUCAAGUAUGGCACAAAACGGGAYGAGGUGAUAAGAUAACACCAAAGCCAAUCAUGGAAGUCAUGGUUAAGAAACCCAAAUUAGAUGAUUCCACAGCAAAUAGACCAGGGUUGAAAUGUCUUUUAUAUGAGGCCCGAGGUAACCUAAAAUCUCAGUUGAAAGACGAAAAGAAUUUAAAAGCUGACCUGAUGGCCAUUAACCCUAACAUGCCUUUAGCUCAAAUCCUGGAUACAACUGCAACCCCUGAAUUGAAAGAAACAAAAUUUGGCAAAAGUCCCUCUGGUUCCAUUGCAAGCUACCAACUUCAAUUCACAGAGUCAAAUUUUAAAGUGUUUUGUGAUUUGGAAUCCAUACCAACCAUUAUACAUGAAGAUAUGAGAGAUCUUCCUACAGAAUACCCUAAAUUCCCAYUUAACCCAACUGAGCCAUACAAAUUACCAGACCACCUUGAACAAAAGGAAGUCAACUUACUUACUUACCUCUUGGUUGAUGCAGAUAAAUUAAAUGACAUUGAGAAAAAAACUCGUAGCCAAUCCACAUCAAAUGAAUGGAAAAAUGAGCGAAGAUUUAGAUUUACUGCAUCUAAUUUCAAGAAAAUCUACAUUAGACAAAGAAAUCAUGAGUCACUUGUAAACAGUUUGAUCAAUCCCACCCCAAUUCAUUCAUAUUACCUUGAACAUGGUAAAAGAUAUGAGCCUAUUGCUUUAAGGCAAUAUCAAAGAUAUAUGUACUCAAUUAGAAGACCUGUGGUGUUAUUCAAAUCAGGCCUAGUUGUAGAUAUGGAUGCACCUUAUCUUGGGGCUUCUCCGGAWGGCAAAGUAAUUGAAGUAACUUGUGGAGAUCAGCAUGGUUUAGUAGAGAUCAAGUGCCCCCACACAAAAUUCCAUGUGACUCCCCUGGAGGCAUGUUCAGACAAAACUUUCUGUUGUGAGGAAGUUGAUGGGAAGCCAAGGCUCAAGGAGAACCAUGAAUAUCAUUACCAGGUGCAAGGACAAAUGGGAGUAAGCAAGGUGAAGUGGUGUGACUUUGUCAUAUAUACUAAUGUAGGAAUGAGCAUUCAAAGAAUCCCAUUCAAUGAUCAGUUCUGGGACACAGUUAAAGACAAAAUGACAGGGUACUUUUUUAACAAGUUUAUUAAAACAGCAGCUGAAGAAUUUUGCAAAUUAAGAAAUGAUUAGGACUGUAAUUGGACAUUUCAGUAUUGUUCAAAU